AUGCAUGAUCUUUGCUGUGGCCGCCGCCGCUCUCUUGGCGGCGGCGGCGGCGGCCCAGGCGCGGCUGGUCGGGAGGAUCGGCAGACCUACAUCGUCCACAUGUCCCAUUCCGCCAUGCCGAGUGAUUUCGUGGAGCAUGAGGAAUGGUACGCCGCGUCGCUUCAGGCGGUGUCGGAUGCCGCCACCGUGCUGUACACCUACAACACCCUCCUCCACGGCUACUCGGCGCGGCUGACGCGCGCGGAGGCCGCGGCGCUGGAGUCGCAGCCCGGCGUGCUCGUCGUCAACCCGGAGGUGCGGUACGAGCUGCACACCACCCGGACGUGGGAGUUCCUGGGUCUGGACGGCACGGACGCGCUGUUCCCGCAGUCGGGCACCGGGACCGACGUCAUCGUCGGGGUGCUCGACACCGGCGUGUGGCCGGAGAGGCCGAGCUACGACGACACGGGCUUCGGCCCCGUGCCGGCGGCCUGGAAGGGCAAGUGCGAGGACGGCAACGACUUCAACGCCUCCGCGUGCAACAAGAAGCUCAUCGGCGCGAGGUUCUUCCUGACGGGCUACGAGGCGGCCAAGGGUCCCGUGGACACGUCCAAGGAAUCCCGGUCGCCGAGGGACAACGACGGCCACGGGACGCAUACGUCGAGCACCGCGGCGGGCGGCGCCGUCCAGGGCGCGGACCUGCUCGGCUACGCCGCCGGCACAGCCAAGGGCAUGGCGCCCCGCGCUCGCGUCGCGACGUACAAGGUGUGCUGGGUCGGCGGGUGUUUCAGCUCCGACAUCCUCAAGGCCAUGGAGGUCGCGGUGACGGACGGCGUCGACGUGCUCUCCCUCUCCCUCGGCGGCGGCACGGCGGAGUACUACCGUGACAGCAUCGCGGUGGGCGCUUUCAGCGCCAUGGAGAAGGAAUCUUCGUGUCCUGCUCCGCUGGCAAUGCCGAACUAUACGGGCGUGUCCCUCUACAGCGGCAAGCCGCUGCCUACCACGACGGUGCCUUUCAUCUACGCGGGGAACGCGUCCAACAGCAGCAUGGGCCAGCUCUGCAUGUCCGGCAGCCUGAUCCCAGAGAAGGUGGCCGGCAAGAUCGUGCUCUGCGACCGCGGCACCAACACCAGGGUCCAGAAGGGCUUCGUCGUCAAAGACGCCGGCGGCGCUGGCAUGGUUCUCGCCAACACCGCCGCCAACGGCGAGGAGCUCGUCGCUGACGCGCACAUUCUGCCAGGCUCCGGCGUGGGUGAGAAAGCCGGCAACGCCAUGAGGGACUACGCCAUGUCGGAUCCGAAGGCGACGGCCACCAUUGUGUUCGCCGGCACGAAGGUUGGCAUCAAGCCGUCUCCCGUCGUUGCGGCCUUCUCCUCCAGGGGCCCCAACACUGUGACGGCGAGCAUCCUGAAGCCGGACAUCAUCGCGCCCGGCGUGAACAUUCUGGCGGCGUGGUCCGGGUCCGUCGGCCCCUCGGGUCUCCCCGGCGACAGCCGCCGCGUGGGCUUCAACAUCAUCUCCGGCACGUCCAUGUCAUGCCCGCACGUGAGCGGGCUUGCGGCGCUGCUCCGCGCGGCGCACCCGGAGUGGAGCCCGGCAGCCAUCCGGUCGGCGCUGAUGACGACGGCGUACAACGAGUACCCCGGCGGCAACGGCAUCCUGGACGUGGCCACUGGCCGGCCGGCCACGCCGCUGGACGUGGGCGCCGGCCACGUCGACCCGGCGAAGGCCGUCGACCCGGGGCUGGUCUACGACAUCACAGCGGCGGACUACGUCGACUUCCUCUGCGCCAACAACUACGAGCCGGCGCAGAUCGCGGCGCUCACCAGGCAGCACCCGUCCGAGGGGUGCAGCGCCAACCGCACGUACACGGUGACCGCGCUCAACUACCCGUCCUUCUCCGUGGCGUUCCCGGCCGCGGGCGGCACGGUGAAGCACACCCGCACGGUGACCAACGUCGGGCAGCCUGGGACGUACAAGGUGACCGCCAGCGCCGCCGCCGCCGGCAGCACCCCGGUGACGGUGUCCGUGGAGCCGUCGACGCUGAGCUUCAGCAAGGCCGGCGAGAAGCAGAGCUACACGGUGAGCUUCACGGCGGGCGGGAUGCCGUCGGGCACCAACGGGUUCGGCCGGCUCGUCUGGUCCAGCGACCACCACGUGGUCGCCAGCCCGAUCGCGGCGACAUGGACCUAA